AUGGGUGUCGAACCUCCAUUCAUUUACGACCGACCCUCGACAUACACCUUUGGCGGACCAACUGAUCGUGGUUUCCAACCCAAGGCGGCAACACACGCAUCAUGGGCACCUAAGGCUCAGAAACUAAAGCAGGACGGCCCGCUUGUUGACUUUAACAAGCAUCCUGACUCGUAUAUCGUCGUCCCUUACGGCAACCUGAAUGCCAAAGCCAUGCCUCCAAACACCCAGAGGAGGAUCAUCCGCGGCCGGCAGCUGCAGCUCUUCUCCCGCGUAUGCGCACUGGUCGGAGCGCUGGGAAUCCUAUUCUGCGUCAUUGCCAUCACCAAGACGUCGGGGACAGUGGGAUGGAUUAUUCGAGGCGCUCCAGCGAUCGCCAUUCUGCAUACCGUCUACGCAAUCUUCCACCUCGCGCGCACAGCCACAAGCCGUACCGCAGGCUCAACAGCAAGCUACAUGAUCUUUGCCGCUCUGGUGGAUAGUGGCCUGAUUCCCUUCUGGGUCUUCUCGGCUUGGAUGGCGCAUGAGGAUUACACCAAGAAUCAGUAUGGUUGGAGCACCUUGUUCAAUGACUCGGACCUGUCGUACAAGAUCAUCUACGCCUUCUUCCUGCUCGCUUGCAUCGAAGGCGGUUUGAUGGUUGUAUCUCUCUUGCUGGACAUCUACUUGGGCAUGAAGUUCCGACAAAUUUCCAAGCUACCCCCCGACAUGAACCCUCUGGAGCCGACCCUCACAUCGAGGCACAAGCACAAGAAGUCUGAGAUCACCGAGAAGAAUAUGAGAUUUUCCGGAUUGGUUGCCGCGAAGCGAGAAUCGCAAGCCUCUAGCUUCAAGAGGGUGCCCUUCAUACACACGCGCACCGACUCGGCUGACAGCGUCACACUCUACGGUAGUGAAGGCGCUCGAAAUUCACGCCUGGAGCUCCGCAAGGAUCUGAAUGAAUCGGGCAAAGACCCAUGGCGCUGGUCAAGAAACUCAUCGCCAGAAAGACCCCAGUCAGCGGUCGUUCCGUCGCCGACUUCUCGAGCUGCAGGUAGUGGCAUGGACUUCCGGCCUGAGCGCUCGUCCGUGCUUAACGAGAAGCCAUCGAGGCCAUCAUCUUGGUUGUCAUACCUUGAUUACGAAGGUGUACCCACCCCCAUUAGCGACGACGCCAACGCCGAGUUUGACAACGAGGUUCGGCCGGUUUCACCCGUUUCAGCAGUCUCCGACAGAGACGCUUCGUUCGAUAGGGCGCCACGUGAACGUGCAAAUUGGUACGCUGGUUCUCCAGCUCGCGACAGUCAGGUUCAACUACCACCGUCGGCGAACCACAGCCCAGCUCAGUCGCAUCCGCACACUGGAAGCAGAACCUCGCUUGCAAUGCCACCUCCUCAGUCUCCUCCCAAGAAGCGAAGCCGAGAACCGCUGGGCAUGAACCCUCCCACUCCCACGCGUUCUCCCUUUGGCGACGAAAACGCGUAUACGACACCCAUCAGAACCCCCAAUCACCACACCCGUGAAAGUCCCAACCGUACAAUUCUGCAAGACACCACCGCCAACAGUCAGGGCCGACCAUACGCGACCCCUACCAACUCGCGGCCCUCAAGCUUCGUCGGCUCCGGCGGCAAGACCCGUUUCUACGGCAACCUCCGCUCUUCCGUCAGCAGCUCUCCAUUGAACUCGCCGUCUCACACCAACAGGGACGAAAAGAAAGAAAUCGUUUCGGUCGUCAGGGAAGUCGAAGACAUGUACGAGCGGACGCGCACCAUGCAGACCGAGUCGGACUAUUCCGCGAAUUUUGAGGUCCACGGCUCCGAAAGCGAUGCCGAGGAUGGGAAGCUGAGUGCACAUAUCAGUGCCAUGCAGACCGCAAGUCCGAGCCAGUGGAACGGCGUGCGACAGGCGAGCAAUUCCACCGGAUACGACCUGAACAGUGGAUAUGCCGGACUGGGGACCGAGUUUGGCAAGGGGAUGGGCAGACGGAGAGAUGUCAGUGGCAAAGUAGCUGAGGAGGGAAGGGCGAGUCCGACGAGGAACGGGGCCGCAGGAUGGCAGAGGUUCAAGGGGUUGUAG